UGUUCACAGAAGUUCAGUUGUCUGACGAACUCUGCUACCGAUCAUCUUGUAUAGUACUUCGUAUUUCCCCAGUCAUCGGUUUCCGGCUAUCGUGGUUACUCUUUGAGAUUUUGUCUUCGGGAAAGUGUGUCGUUGAACCCGUUUCUGUGUGUUAUAUAUCGUUAAUUAACGUGUUUUUUUAUUAUGUUUUUUUCUUGUUGUUCGGAUUUAUGUGUGCAAAAAUAAAAAUCAACAAAAAUGUCAAUUUUGCACUGAAUUAACCACCGAUAAUAUUGUGCGGCGACUUUAUCGAUCAUGUUUGCGAAUUUAACGCGUCGGUAAUGUUCAAACAACGUAUUUAGAUGAAGACAUCAACUGGUGCCAGCAUUCAACUAUGGCCGUCAUCUUACAUAAAUUGAAGCGUAAUUUAACCAUUGUGUUGACGCUAAUAUGGUGUCUAAGUAUAACCCGUACAGCCGCCAUCGACAUCAGUCAAUCGCCGUGUCCUCAUCAGGCCAUAAUACAGCGUAUAUUUCACACGGUCGCCGAACCAUUGGAAAACGAUAAUUUCGUCUUGACCGAUGGUAUUACCAUUAAAAGAGAUCGAGAUUACGUUAUACUUGAUCGCAAAUCGCAUACAACUGGUAAUUCGUCGUGUGUCGAUUCGUUAUUCGAUGAGUUCACCCGGUAUGCCAAUACUCAUCGAUUGGAUGUCAAUUUAUCUAAAGUUUUUCCAGUCGAAAAAUCCACCGAUACGGGUACCGCGCGAUUUAGUUUCGGUAAAAAUUCAUUUUUAACCGGAUUUGGAUUGGGAUUCCUUGCAUUUGGACUGAAAAAAUUACUAUUACCUAUUUUUAUCGGAGCGCAAAUCGUCAAGUCUAUUUUAAUUGCGAUGUUCUUACCAAGUAUUUUAGGAAGUGUUGGUAAACUAGUCGGUAAAGGUGUAACCACAUUCGCUCAAUCCUCGGGCUCGUCGAAUUUCGCCGGAGCUGGCAGCGACAACAUAAAUGAUUUCGAUUUCAAAGACACAGCUCAGACGACCAACAACAACUACGAUUCGGAGAGCGCCGGUUCCGAUAACGCAUACAAUACAGUAUGGACGUAUCCGUCAGCCAGUGCCAAUAAUAUGUUAAGCAGUAAUAAUAUGCUACAAUACCCAGAUAUGGCUAAUUACCUGCAACAGCAACAGCCAGCAUCCACUAUGGCAGUAGCACCACCGUUUAGUCCAAUCGGAUCGAAUGGAUUAUUUAGCAAUACACAAUAUAACACUGAUUACGAUAUCAGUGGGAAUGUCAAACAACCUGUAAGGACAACGCAGAAACCGAAAGAUUCACCAAACAAAUACUUCUCCGGAAGCUUUUAUACGAAAGAUAAGACUGAAGAUUUCAAAGUAUUCCACAACAUCCCGUCUAGUUCGCACCUGUUAGCUAAUUACGAUCCGUUCUAUAGUCCGCUGUUGUCCAGGAUAGACAGCGUGUUCAAACAGCUCGGCUACACGACCGAAUUAUGUAGAGAACGAUUAGUCUGUAAUAUGUAUAAAAAUCCGGCCAAAUACGCUCCAUUCAGCAAUCUGGUAUCGGCUCAGCUAAGCAGGGAACUGAACGAGCUCAGAAAGCCAUCGUCGGAUAAUCCAGAAAUUCUGAGAUUCUUCAAAUACAUGAAAGCUGCCAAAGACGGCCAAGAUGGUCAAGAGUGCGACGUCAUCUACUCGGAGUGCUCGACAACACGUGCCAAUGGCGAAAAUGCCCCCAUGGUUUCCACAUUCAACGAAAUCAAUAAACUCGUACAAGCCAGAAAAUUAUGAAUUGCUCAAUAGGCUAUAAUAAUACAAAGAGGUAACUGAUUAAUGCAGCGUUUUGAAAGAUCCAAUUUUGAAAUCUCCAGUGUCAUAUGUUUAAUUAUUUUCUUUUUUUUUUUACUUGUAUAUAAAAUUCAAACCGAGUAAAAUAAAACAACUGGAGGACACGCACUAAAUUAUUAAUUCUCCUCUUGUUUUAUUUUCACGUGUUUUUUUUCAUUUUUUUAUUCUUUUUUUUGGUACUAAGCUUUUUAUGUAUUUUCUCGCAUAAUCGAUACGCUUAAUGCUUAGUAUAAGUACGUAUUAAGUUAUAAAUUAAGCAAAUACUUCAUCACGCACGAGUUUUCCGGCUUAAUUCUCGUCAAUAUCGAACAUACGUAGGUACCUAUUUUGUGGAGUUGGAAUUUGAAUUUUUAUGCCCAACAUAACGUUAAUGUGUAGGCUUUAAUACUACGUACAAGUUCCCUCCACCUUGUCACUUCAUCGUCAUCUUGUUUCGAUAGUAGGUAAUUUCGCUACAAUGCGUGAACCAUUUCUUUUCUCUUUCAUCUUUUUCUUUAUUCGAAUGCCCACCACAAUUAUUUUUUAUUUAUUAUAUUUUUUAAAUCUUCGUGACUAACGAACAUAUCUAUACUCUCGAAGCUUUGUCAACACACCACAACACGAAGUUGUAACUAAAAGCAUUCGAUAAUAGUAAAUUUUAUAAUGAGUAGUUUUUUCCUUCGAGGGUUUUUAAAUUUUACGAACAAUCUUUCUCUCGUGUGUGUGGGUGUUUGCUUUUUGUACUAUAGAAAUUUAUUUUUCUAAAGUACAACAAACGUGAAGGUGAAAUAAUAUGGCAAACCUAUAUGCACGAAAAUAAAUUCUUAUAAUGUACAUAGGUACAUUUUGAAUAAUGAUUUCCUACUCGACUUUAGGUAUGUUUGAAAAAAAAACAAACAUUCGAGUAGGUAAAUAUAUUUUGACAACACGAUUUUUUCUGUUCUUUCAUUAUGUUAUACGAACGUAAAACUUUCUUUAUGACUUUCAAAGUUAUUUAGGUAUUUAUUUAUUUAGUUGUAUUUUUAUAUUGUAUGAUUUUGUAUAAAUGUAAAAAAACAAUUAUAUCAAAAAGUUCUUGUUUUGAGUUUUAUAAACUUCUUUAUAAAUAUGAUUUUCUUUAUUUUCUGUUUUUUUUUUUUUUUUUUUUUUUUGUUAUUUAUUUACUUAUUUGAUUAAUUUAUUUAUUUCAUUAUUUGUAACUAUUUAUUUAUUCGUUUAUUUAUUUGCAAGGACAAAAUAAAAAUUGUUUAUUUUUUUG